AUGAGCAAACGACGGGGAGAUCGCGCGCACAUCGGUCAGUUGAAAUAGAACAAUGGUGUAUUAAUUACUGCUUACAGAAGAACUGCUAAGUUCUCUCGGAUGCCCCCUGAACUCACAACGCCAUGCUUCAGAAAGUACAAUAAAUGGAAUGGACAGAACCGCAGAUGACGUGUUCCAUAUCGCUCGGCUAUUAGAGGAGGAAACUUAUGUAAAUAACGAUUGGGUGGAGUUUGAGCGUCGUGGUCAGAAUGGCGUCGUGGUCCGACGUCAAAUUCAACACGAAGCGAGUUCAGGACCCGUGAUGGAGAGUCCAAACUGCAUACCGGUCCAACGUCAAUUUCAUCAAGGAGCGUAUGGAGGACCCCCGAGACAGACCCCCAAACGCAUCCCGCUCCCACGUCACUUUCCGCAAGGAGAGUAUUCCGGACCGCUCAGCGUUCCGGUUGGACGUAAAUUUGAAAACGGUGAGAAUUAAUUGCGGGUGGGCGCCGGUUAAGAAGUGAACUAAUAGCGGCUGAAGUGACCGGAAAUCGUACAACUACGAGAGGAAUACCGAGAGGAAUCUGUUUUUCCAGGUGCUCCGUCCGCAACACCGUAUGCGCCACAAUGGAAACGUCCGCGGCUCCCGCUCUACGCCGGUGGUGCACGAGUUCCAGAAGCAACAUCCACAGUCCCCCCUCUGCGUGGGCGUGCGCAUCCACUGGCAGAAUCCGGUAUUGCGAUUCGUUCAGGUAUUACACGAAACAAAUGGAAAUAACGUGACAUUGUAGAUGCGAUUUUCCUGUCCAACGCCGAGAUCUGUUACUUCGAAACUAUUGAUUCGUCGAUACCACUUCUACGUAACAUGCAAAUCUGUGAAUCGAUGAAAUCAUUGUUCCUACAGAAAAUCUCCUCAAAACCUGCGAGCGAAACGAAGUGGAUUUGGGAAAACUGGGGAUAGUUCUGCUCAAAUACGAAAAAACGAAACGGUUGGACAGCGGAACAUACAAGGUAACUAUAAACAAGCAUGAAUUAGAUGGGAAACAAAUGUUGAGGUGUGCGUCGCUGCAUUUGCGCAGUUCUCAUUGGAAAUUGCAUUCAACGUCAGCGUAUUAGGGGAACUGGCUCCUAAAGUGUUUCAAUUGGCCCACGUGUUCCUGGUAGGUCGAAGUAUGCAGCGAUGUAGUCGGAAAGAGUAUUUAGCACAACGUGAAUGUGAAACGUUCGGAAAAUGCUCAGUUGAAGGAGCCCAAGACGAUGAAACUGAAACCAACGUUUCAGUUUUGCACGAAGACUUUCGCCGGUAGUUUUCCGUUUGUAGUAAGCAAUUUAUGCUGUUGUUUUCGCGGAAAUUUCUUGUUUUAUUUCAGCAACAUGCCGAAGUUUCUCUUCUCAAUCGGGGAGCCGUCCCAGCCGAUGUUCAGCGAGCAGUAACUUUUGUGAUUAGGAACACGCUCGCCCAGGUGAACCGACAUGAUAUAUUCCCAAUACGACUGAAGCAACUCAGAUCUUCGCCGACAAGGACAGUCACCAAUGCUAUGCAGUCCGAAUGCACGACAAAAACGGGAAGAGAGGGCACCAAGAUCUGCCAGAAGAAGUGAAGGAUUUCGUAAAUGGUGAGCAUUCCGUGCACAGAACACAAUUGAAGAUGAAUGAGUUCAUGACUUUCCGGGCAUUAACGGUGCCGAUUAUUUGUUCAGACUUCGUUCUCUGUUCCUUCGGCUACCCACCGUCGAUUCGCUUCGUCGGUUAUACUUUGGAGAAUCUCGGCUCAGAUAAUCCAGAGUGAGUUGAACUGGGAAGUUUGAAUAUCGUGCCUUGAACCAUGUUUGUUCAGUCUGCUGGCGAAACUCGGAGAGACGACGGAAGAGCGAGAAAAAAUAAUACCUGUGCUGCAGCAGGACGUUCACACGUUCACCGCAAUCAUUCAGGAAAAGUUACAAAGAACUCUGUUAGUCGCUGAAUUGAAUACCUCUUUAUAUCAACGGUUUGUUUUACAGGAACGAUUUGCGAAAGUACGAAAUCCGCACGUCGCAGAGGACAGUCGAUGGACGAGUGUACACGAUGAAGACGUUCGUCAGACCUGGAACGGCUAUCUCGGUAUGAUUUCUACUCAGAAAUGACGCGGCUGCGAAUUCACGCAUAUCUCUUUUGUCCGCAAAUAUUUGAAGAACAGUGUAGUGUUAUGAAACGAACAUCAGCCGACAUAGUAAAUUGUGAAUUCCAGAUCGAAGAGAACACUACCGAAGAACCACGUGCAAGUCCUCAAGCAGCUCCAAGUGCUCAGUGA